GAGUCCGCCCCAAGAUAGAACCCACUUCAUCAUCUGGCUCGCCAUCGCCAGCCUCGGACUGCCGCGGUGCUGGCGGCGAUGACCAACGACGACGUGCGCAUGGAGCACAUCCAGGAGUGGAUCGAGGCGACGGUCGACGUGCGCUUCGAUGGCAACAUGUGGGCGCUCCUCAAGGACGGCCAGGUGCUCUGCAAGCUGGCCAACUCGCUCAACGCGGCCAUCCGCGUCAACAAGCUCAAGACGGCCUUCCACUGCAAGGAGAACAUCCAGGCCUUCAUCUCGUGGGCGAAAAGCGUCGGCGUGCCCGAAGGCGACCUCUUCCACGUGCACGACUUGCAGUUUGAAGAGAACAUUGGCGCGGUCCUGCGCACGCUCGCGGCGCUGUACACCAUGUUUGCCGAGGAGAUCCGCGCGUCCGUGCGCGUCUCGACCAACCACGGACCGGCGCUCGCGAGCUCGUACGACAGCGACGACGACUCGGGCUUUGGCGACCUCCACGACUCGGAGCCCGACGACGAGCCCGACUUGUACGACCUCUCGAUCGUGCGCGAGAACCGGUCGUCGUCCAAGCUCGCGGCCUUUCUCAAGUUUGUGCCCAUUCAGUCGACGACGAGCAAGCACAAGGCGCCGCCAACGCCCGAGCACGUCGAGCCGCCGCCGCAAGAGAUCCCGAUUGUCGUGAAGAAGGCGUCGCCCGCGCCCAAGACGCCGUCGCCACGCAAGAUGCCCGCGACGCCGCCGCCCAAGGUCGCGCCACCCCCCGAGCCCGUCGUCGCCAAAGGCAACAAAUUCAAGCUGAGCAACUUUCUCAACAAGGCCAAGUCGACCAUGAAGCACAAGGAGUCGCCGAAGAAAUCGCCAAAAGAGUCGCCGAUCGUGACCAAGCCGUCGCCCAAGUUGCAGACGCCCAAGGUGCAGACACCGCAGACGCCCAAGGUGCAGACACCCAAGGUCCCGACACCCAAGGCACCGCCGCCGGUCGUCGCAAGGGCACCGCCGCCGGUCGCGGUGGUCGAGCCGCCAAAGCCGGUCGCCAAGGUGGUGACGCCCAUCAAGAGCAAGGCGGUACCGCCGCCGAUUCAGACAACCACUGACGACGACGACAGCGACGAUCCGAUGACGCCGCCGUCGUCGCCCAAGCCCAUCGUCGCGAGCUCGACCGUGCCGCCGGUCGGCAACACAAAGCAAAAGCUCAGCGCGUUCCUGGCGCAGACGCCCGUGGGCAAGCCGACGAUCAUUUCGGCGCCGUCGUCACGGACCGAGCCGGGCAAAACGUCGCCGGGCGUCGCGGCCAAGAUGGCCAUGAUCCGCAACAACGGCGUCGCGCCGCCGACAUCGACCGUCGUAGCUUCCACGACUGUCGUAGCGGCCUCGGAUGAAUCGCUCUCAGCACCGCUGCAGCUGAGCAAGCCGCGGGGGCCAGUCAAGACGCAGCGCCGGUCGUCGACGAGCCCCAAGGCCGUUGAGUCGUCGCCAACGGUGGUGGCGACGCCGACGAUCGUGCCACCCGUCACUGCACCCGCGCCGACGAGCAAGCUCGGGAACUUUCUUCAGAAAGCACCGGCGUCCGACCCGCAACGGAUGCUGGCCAACAUCAUGAUGAACCGCGUGCCCCAGACAAAGACCGUCGUCUCGGCGGACGAGGAUGAUGAAGCGCUGCUGACGCCACCAGCAUCACCCAAACACGUCCCAGUCGUCGCCAAGUCUGCGCCGGUCGUCGCCAAGUCGGUGCCGCAGCCGUCACCCGUGGCAUCCACACCGUUACAAAACAAGUUGGCGAGCUUCAUGGCGGCCGUGCCACCCACGGCUGCGGCCGCCGCCCCCAAGUCGACCGGCGGGUCCAAGCUCGCAGCCUUCUUAUCGACGACUGGUGUCCCGCGCAAGGUGUCGGUGGUGUCGGCGCCGCCCUCGUCGUCGUUUAUCGCACCGUCGUCAUCGUUUGUCGCCCCGGUGCUCGUCAAGUCGUCGCCGCCAUUGAAGCGCGUCCGUCGCGCGCCGCGGUCGACGCUCAGCAACAACUGGGUCCUGCCCGACCAGCGCUUCUCGUAUUCCAAGCGCCCAGCCUCGUCCAAGCCCUUCGACAAGGAAGGCGCGCGCCGGCGGUUCCUCCAGAACCAGCUGCGGCUCAAAGCCGAGGCCAAGCACAAUGUCGGGAAGCACCAGAAGACCGCCAACGUCUGCGCGCCCGGCAUGCUCUGCUACGUACCCGACGAGACCGACACGUGGCUCCUCGCCGAGGUCGAGUCGGUCGACACGCGCCGGAAGCACGUCAAGGUCAAGCUCGUCGAGGGCGCCGCCGAAGCGCGCGUCGUCGACCUCACCAACAUGGACGUUGUCCGGGCCAUCGGCGGGCCGCAAGCCACCGAGAUCGACUCGCUGCCUCUGGCCAUCACGCACAGCAACAGCGACGGCGUCGAAGACAUGCGCAACCUCCGCUUCCUCAACGAACCGUCCAUCAUGUACAACCUCAAGCGCCGCUUCGAGGCCGCGCAGCCCUAUACGUACAGCAAUGACAUUGUGAUAGCCGUCAACCCGUACCAAUGGCUCGGGCACCUGUACGGCGAAGGCCUCCACACGCAGUACCUGCAGCAGCCCCGGCACAACCUGCCACCGCACGUGUACGCAACGUCGACAGCCGCGUACAAGAGCAUGACGGCGUCGCGUCGCAACCAGAGCAUUCUAGUGAGUGGCGAGUCGGGCGCGGGCAAGACCGAGACGACCAAGAUCCUCAUGAACCACCUGGCGACAGUCGCCGGUGGCCGCGACGACUCGACGAUCGCGCGUGUCAUCAACGUCAACCCGCUCCUCGAGUCGUUUGGGAACGCCAAGACGCUCCGGAACGACAACUCGAGCCGGUUUGGCAAGUUUACGCAGCUGCAGUUCCGCGACGGGAAGCUCCGGGGCGCUUGCUGCGAGACGUACCUCCUCGAAAAGUCGCGCGUCGUCUCGUUCGCGCCCGGCGAGCGCAACUACCACAUCUUUUACCAGCUCCUGUGCGGCCUUCCGGUGGCGACGACUGCGUCGCUGCAGCUCCAUGCGACGUCGAGCUUCCGCUACACGGGCGACGUGGCCGCCAUGACGAUCGACGGCAUCGACGACGCCAAGUGGAUGGCGCAGACGCAGUUGUCGCUCGGGCUCAUCGACCUCGACGCGAGCCUUCAGCACACGUUGUUUGAAGUGCUCGCUGGCAUCCUGCACCUCGGCAACCUCGACUUUGCUCCGACGGGCGAGAACGCGUCGCGCGUCGCCAACCCCGAGUCGCUCUCGGCCGUCGCGACGCUCUUGGGCCUUGCGCAGGACACGAUCGCGACGGCGUGCUGCAACCGCACGGUCGUCGCGCACCGGGACGCGGUCACGGUGCCACUCAACGUCGUCGAAGCAAACGAGAACCGCGAUGCGCUCGCCAAAGCCAUCUACGCGAGCCUCUUUGACUGGCUCGUCGCGCGCAUCAACGGCGCCAUGUCGAUCCGUGACGCGUCGACGCAGAUCGGCGUCCUCGACAUCUUUGGGUUUGAGGACUUUGCGCACAACGGCUUCGAGCAGUUCUGCAUCAACUACGCCAACGAGAAGCUGCAGCAAAAGUUCGUCCACGACGUCUUCUCGACGGUCCAGGACGAGUACACGCGCGAGGGCCUCGUGUGGGACCACAUCUCGUACGCCGACAACCAAGGCAUCUUGGACCUCAUCGAGGGCAAGCUCGGCAUCAUCAACCUCAUGAACGACCACUUGCGCCAGCCCCGGGGCACGGAAGAGGCGCUCGUCAACAAGUUCCGCGCCAAGGACAAUGCGAUCAUCUCGUUUGCCAAGGUCAAGCGCACGCAGUUUACGAUCCGCCACUACGCCGGCGCCGUCACGUACGAGACGGUCGGCUUUAUGGAGAAGCACCGCGACGCGCUCAUGCAGGACCUGCUCGACCUCGUGCGGUCGAGCACCAAGGCGUUUGUCGUCUCGCUCUUCCCGCUCGAGCAGCCGCCGACAGUCGACGAGCCCGACGCGAUCUCGUCGGCGGCGUCGACGCCGUCACCCAAGUCGAAGCUCGAGGCGUGGGUCAAAAAGCCCGAGCCCAAGCCGCUGCUCGAAGGACGCAAGAAGGCGCUGCCGCCCAAGACGCUCGGGUCGCAGUUCAAGGCGUCACUGAGCUCGCUCAUGGACACGAUCGGGUCGACGCAGGCGCAUUACGUGCGCUGCAUCAAGCCCAACGCCGUCAAGAGCCCGACCGUGUUUGACAAGCCCAUGGUCGUCGCGCAGCUGCGGUCGGCCGGCGUCAUCGACGCGAUUCGCAUUUCGCGCGCCGGGUACCCCGCGCGGCUCACGGCGCACGAGCUCUCGACGCGGUACGCGACCAUGCUGCCGCCGUCGAUGCUCACGGACGACGCGUGCGACGCGUUCAUGCGGGCGACGGGCCAUACGUCGCCGGUCGAGUUCCAAAUGGGCAAGACGCUCGUGUACUUCAAGGCCGGCGUCCUCGAAGAGCUCGAGCUCAUGAAGUCGGACUUCUACUACGAGCAAGCGACGCUCGCGCAAAAGGUCGUGCUCGGCUUCCUCGACCGCAUGCGCUUCCGCAAGCGGAUGGCAGCAGCCCUCGUGCUCCAAGCCUUUGGCCGCAUGGCGCUCGAGCGCGUCGUGUUUACAAAGCUCAAGGCCGCCGCCGUCACGAUGCAGCGCGUCCGCCGCUACUACAAGGACCGCGACGCGGUGCUGGCCGCGAUGCGCGCCCGGCUCGCGGCUCGGGAAGCGCAGCGGGUUGCCGACGAGGCCAAGCGCGUCGCGGCCGAAGAGGCUGCGCGGCGCCCGCCCGUGUGGGACUCGAACUCGGCGCUUUCGUCGCCACGGUCGUUGCCGUCGCCCAUGACGUCGCCCGAAGCCAGCGAGACCAAAGGCAGCUUCCGGUCGGCCGCGUACAGCCGAGCGAGCGACGUGGCGGCCACGGCCAAGGCGCUGCUGGCGCACGGCGACGCACUGUGCGCGAGCUGCAAGGCGCUCGGGAAGAGCCACGCGUCGCUCGAAGACCAGAUGGCCAAGCUCAUGGCCGAGAACGCGCGCCUGCGACGCUUGCUGGUCGACCACAGCAUUAACCCGGACGACGACGAUGGCGUCUAUGUGUAGCCGCAGUCUUAUAUAAUUUACGCGACACUCCGACUAUGAUUCACACAUAAGAGCUUAGACGACGGCCGUGGUCGCGGGCGGCAUGGACCGGUAGGCGUCGUACGGCGUCGGCGGUCGACGCCGGCA